AUGACGUUGGCACACUAUGGAGACUGUGGCACACUAUGGUGGACUGUGGCACACUAUGGUGAGACUGUGGCACACUAUGGUACAGACUGUGGCACACUAUGGUGGAGCUGUGGCACACUGCUUGAACUGUGGCACACUAUGGUGGACUGUGGCACGCUAUGGCUGUGGGACGCUAUGGCAGGCUGUGGCACACUACGUCAGGCUGUGGAACGCUAUGGCAGGCUAUGGCACACUAUGGCAGGCUGUGGGAAACUAUGUCAGGCUGUGGCACACUAUGGUGGACUGUGGCACACUAUGGUGAUUGGCACACUAUGGUGGACUGUGGCACACUAUAUGGUGAACUGUGGCACACUAUGGAGCUGUGGCACACUAUGGUAG